GGACGCUUGAGCACCAGUCAACCCAGAAACCAACGACCAUGGCACCAACUGUAGCAAUUCUCUCAGCCAACUCAAACACGGGCACGGCUGCCAUUGAGUGUCUGACCGAGCAGUAUGCCGACAAGGUCAAAGUGCGCGGCGUCGUCCGCCGCAUGCAGAGCGCUGCCGAUGUCGAGGAGUUUGAUAUCGAGGUGGUCAAGGGUGACGUCAACCAACCCCACAUGCUCGGCCCCGUGUUUGAGGGCGUCAACGCUGCGUAUUUUGCCGUUCCGACCUCUCUCGAGCGCGUGGCCGUCACCAAGAAGUUUAUCGAUGCUUGCUUCACCCACGGUGUGCAGCACGCGGUCAUUCUUAGCGUGCUACAAGCCGACCGCAAGGAGACCAAGUUUCAACAACAAUUCGCUGAAAUUGAAGAGUAUGCCAUGAGCAAGGCUGGAAAGCCGGUCAACACGGGAGCUGGCGACACGGGCUCUGCUUUGUUCGUGCCCGUGAUUCUUCGUUGCGCCCCAUUCUACCAGAACAUGUACAGCAGCCUGCGUGCCAUCGAGCAGGGCACCCUCACGCUGCCUUUGGGCGAUCACAAGUACUUGCCCCACGUCGAUGUGGAAGACGUUGCGGCGUGCAUUGCGGCAGUCCUGGCUGAACCGAGCAAGUUUGCCGCCGGCACUUACAACCUGAUUGGCGAAUAUCAAGCCGGCAAUCAAAUUGCCACGGCCAUCGCCAUGAAGGCUGGUGUGCAGUGCAACUACCAAGCUGUUACUGACGAUGAGGCCGUCACUCAGCUUGAGCAAAAUGGACUGGCUGCGUGGAUUGCCAAGGGACAGGUGGAAACAAUGGCCUGGUUCCGCGAGGGCAGUGGCCAAGACAUCGAGUCGGACGUCAGCAAGUUCAAGGGGAGCAAGCCCGCCAAGUUUGGCGAUUUUGUGGCCACCUGCCUCAAGCCUAUGCUAAACUAGUCAAGCCCAGUCCUGAGGACACGGGCCCGUCCACAGUGACGAUGCUGCAACGAGGCGCUGGCACACCUAAAAGCGACGUCGUCAGUACUAAACGUUUUUCUUCUCACUGGGAGGCCGGCGCUGCGGUUUUUUUGUCGCCAUUUGUUUUUUGGUUUGUUUGUUUUCCGUUCUUUUCCUGAAUGAUGUACGUUGGUUCCGUCGAUGGGCUGAUGAAUCCGUGCCACCGCAAUUGAAGCGAUUUACAUAUC